UUCAGCAUUUUAAUGAUACCUAUUGAUUUGCAAUCUCCAUUUUUUUUGCUUUUUACUAUGGUCAUGUCUCCUCUGAACCCAUGUUUUUAUCAUCACUACAGAUAAGGCAUUAUUCAAUGUUCACGAGGUUCUGGACCAUGUAAUAAUUGGCCACUAAUUUUAGAGAUAGAUUUAGAAUUCACACUCAUUGGAUUUUGGAGUAGUGUGAUCAAUUGUACAGAACAAAGUUAUUGUUCAUCUGAUAAUAUUGCUUAAACAUGUGUCAGCUUCUUUGGUUAUGGAUGCUGGAAGUAUCUUUCAUGCAAAAUGCUCCUCCCAAACUUCUGUGGAUACUGUUUAGAGUCGAGAUGUUGUCAUUUUUAUUAUUGGAAGCCUGUGUAGCUCUACCAUUUUGAUCUCUUCAGUGUACCAUGGUCUAUUUGGAAGUCCAUAACAUUUUAUGGUGAUUAUCUAUCCAUUUUUCUUGUUGGGUCUCCACUUUAGCUUCCUGAAGUUAAAAAGUUCAUGAUCUGGUUAUCUAUCUUAUACAGCACAGACCCGAAAUACAAAAUGUCGUUAAAAAGAAAAUUGAAGAAGCACAACUAGAAAAGUUUUUGGUGCUGUUUCAUGUCUGGUGGACUUUGUGCAACUGGAAUUUUUAAAGUCCCAGUCUGUAAGUAGAGAAAUAUGAUCUUUGAGUGCCUAGACUGAAGAGUAGCAGUGCAACUGUUAGCUAAGUAAGGUCUGAGCAGCCAGAUUCUUUUGCAUUGUACUAGGUCUAAGACUUAUAGGUUCUGGGUUGCUGGUGGUUAUAAGGUUGAGCCAGAAUGCCCCUCUAGAAGUAAACAUUACUUGAAUUGCUUUGUUGAUUGAUGAUAGCAGCAAUUACUUGGGGUGUUCGAGUUGCAGUCAGACAUUGUCUGACGAUAUGGAUCUCUUAUUGGUAUUUUGUGAAUGACUAGAAGGAUUAUUCCAGACUGCAGAUAGCAUUUGAUAUUGGGAAGUAGCAAAGUAACACAUUUAUGGUUCUUUGUUAGCUCCUCAAAGUGAGACUGGGACAACCAGUGACUAUGAUGCAAAUUAUAUUAAGAUUGGAUUUCUGUCUACCAACCCUUCGGUAUGGGUGUCAUGAGAUGAGAUUGACUGAGUUGAUGCUGAUUUUAGUUUGACAAAGAGGCUAUGGAACAUAGACACUUGGUUGGUCAACCUCAGAUGUCUGUGAGGGAUCAAGAGCAAAUAUGGAAUCAUCCACACCCUGAUCCUCGGUCAAACUUGGGACCUGGUACUUUCAUAUCUCCUGAAAAUAUUGCUGUUUGUGGACCAAAUUCGGUGGCAUUUGCUAAUCCUGCAUCUGCCACAAAUUAUCCUGUCAUGCCAAAUUUUAACAUAGAGGCUCCCUGCUAUGUAAGAGCUAAUUCACGAAUGGCUCAGGAAUCUUACACGCCUUAUCCAUCUGUUCGCAGCUCUAGUCAAUUUCCACCAUAUUAUGUCCUGCAUGAACCUUGCUUCAACCAAGUCACUGUUGGGGAUAUUAAUGGCACAAUUAACCCUCCCACAGACUAUGAUGGAGCAACAUAUAAAAGGAAAAUGCCGACAAUCCAAACUUUUGCUGACAGUGGAAGCACAAAUGGACAUCGUAGUGAUGCAAGUUCUUCCAAUCGUCCUGUUUUGACUGGGCUUUUAGAAUCAACACAUACACUAGGUCCUCGUUUCCUACGGGAUCCUGUCAACAUGGCCUCUAGUUACAGAAGCAACAAUCUGCAAUCUUCUGAGGAAGAUCACUGGAAUGUUAGAAGUAGACCUGCCAGUGUGCUUCAUCCUGGUAACAUCUCGUUGACAAACCAUUCAUCCAGCAACUUCUCUGACCAUUUUCAUCCACUAGCAAAUACUUCUGGUGUGAAUUUGCCUGGGCAUCGGAACCUUGCUCCUGUGCCUCUGGAUCCCCAUAUAAGGCUUAUGUCUUCAGGGAUUGGUUCCUUCAAUCAUGAGAUGAACCAGUUGCCUGGACGCCAUGCCACCAACAUUGCUGUGGAUAUUGAUGGUCGUCGCAACUUCUUUCUCAUUCCAGGUUGGCCUACGCCUGACUUGAUGGUGGAUCGCAGUUCCUAUAGCCAAAGAACAUCGUAUAGGGCCAACUCAAGCUACCGAUCUGUGGGUUCGGAAGCCAAUUUGGUGGAUUUUAGGCUACCAGCAGUGGGAAGAGUUGUCCCUCCACGGUAUCCAGGGCAUCCCUCUUUGCAAGGGCAUAUGAAUGAGAGGAAUGGGAGCAUAAGGAUUCGUGAUGAUGGGGAUGAGGGCAUCGGCCACAGUAGAUGGGCAUCAGAGACUCUAGCUGUGAUGGAUCGGUCAACCUUGUAUGAUUCCAGAAAUUUGUUUGAUGAGCAUCAUGACAUGAGACUAGACAUAGAUAACAUGAGCUAUGAGGAUCUUCUUGCUUUGGAAGAACGGAUUGGUAACGUGAACACGGGUCUAUCAGAAGUUGCCAUCUCCAGAUGCUUGAUGGAGGCAAUUUACUGUUCAGAUCAAACGCCGGGUGACCAUGAGAAAGGACGCUGCACGAUAUGCCUGGAAACAUACAAGGGAAAAGAUUGUCUUGGAAGAUUGAGUUGUGGACAUGAUUUCCAUGCUUGUUGUAUUAAGAAAUGGUUACUGAUCAAGAAUGCGUGCCCAAUCUGCAAGGCCUCCGCUCAGAACGGUUGUUUGCUGGAGCAAUAAGUCUGUCUUGGAUGAUUAUUAGGUCACUCGGUUAUCCUGUUAAUUUGUAAAUAGACUUUAUUUGUGGGACGACAUACUUCAUACAGCUUUGUAUAAAACUAUUUUUUUUUUCCUAA